AAACUAUUUUUUUCAUAAAUUUCCUUGAAAAAAAGAUCGUUUGUGAAAUAAGCAACAAGUGUGAAUUUAAUAUCAAAAGCCAUUGGCUUUGGGAAAAAAUUUUUUUCCGAUUUAUGAACGCAAUAUAGGGUUGAACAAUUAGGGAUGGAUUUCGGCGUGGGAGAUGUCGCGCAGACAUCGUCAGAGCUCGCUCGGGUGGUUGAGGUGAUGAUGUCGCCGAACGUUCCACAUCAACAGCGUCUCGAAGUUUACAGUGCUUGUGAAAGAUUUAAGGAAUCAUCGCCGUUGUGCGUCCAGUGUGGACUGUAUCUCGCUCAAAAGUCACCCGAUCGCAGUUCAAUUGUUCGUCAUUUCGGUUUGCAGUUACUCGAGCACUGCAUUAAAUACAGAUGGACGCAGAUCUCUCAGUCGGAAAAGAUUUUCAUCAAGGAGAAUUCAAUGAAGCUUCUUCAGGAGGGCACGGAACCAUUGCUCCAGGAGGAGGCUCACAUUAAGGAUGCAUUGUCGCGAGUUAUUGUUGAGAUGAUAAAACGGGAAUGGCCUCAACAGUGGCCGACACUUUUGGCCGAGUUGAGUGAGGUUUGCACCCGGGGCGAGAGUCAAACGGAACUCGUUUUGCUCGUUUUCCUUCGACUCGUCGAAGAUGUUGCACUCCUUCAGACAUUGGAAUCGAAUCAAAGGCGGAAGGACAUUUAUCAAGCGUUGACGACCAAUAUGGCACAGAUUUUUGCCUUUUUCUUGCGAUUAAUGGAGCAGCAUUUCUCCGAGUUUCAGAAGCAAACGAAUCUCGGAAGGAACACGGAAGCUGCCGCGCACAGUGGAGUCGUUCGGGCCGUUUUGAAAACCCUGACCGGAUUUGUCGAGUGGGUUUCGAUAAAUCAUAUAAUGGCGGACGAAGGUCGUCUUCUGCAGAUACUUUGCCUUCUUCUGGGAAAUCAGGUGUUUAGAUGCUCGGCAGCCGAGUGUCUUCUGCACGUGGUGGACAGAAAGGGGAAGGCAGACGAUCGAAAGCAAUUGAUGAUUUUGUUUACCGAAGAGGCUCUCAGAUGCAUUUACGUUGCAGCAACUGCGGCACCUCCACCACCUGGACCAAACGAUCUCUACGAAAGUCACUAUCUUUUCCUGAAGAAGCUCACUCAGGUACUAAUUGGAAUGGCAACGCAACUAUGUCAGUUGUGGGGUAAAGACGACUCUUCCGGAAUUCGUCCAGCGCACUUUAACAUUUUCCUCGACACUGUUCUUCAUUUCACGAUGCAUUCCAAUCUGACAUUGACACAUUUAGCAAAUUCGAUUUGGAUUCUUCUCUUUAAGCAUGAGCAAAUCAAAACUGAUUCACUUUUAUUGACUUAUGUUCCAAAAUACAUUGAAUGUACUGGGCCGAAAUUAAUCAAAGUCACAUAUUCAAACGGAAGACACGCAAAUGGAACGGUUUCUUAUCUUGAUUCCGACUAUGAUACGGAGGCAGAAUUCAGAUCAUUCUUCCACAGAUUUCGAAUGGAUUUAUUGGAGGGUUUUCGAAAUGCGACAAUGGUCUCUCCCUUGGUAAUGUUCGCUUACGUUCAACAUUGGCUCACGGCGAAAAUCACCAAGGGAAUGAGUGACAUUGGCUACAAGUGUGAUCCAAAUGAUCGCGAAUAUCUAGAGUGGGAAGCACUCGCAAACGCUUUGGACUCGGUUGUCUCGAGGAUUUUGCUCGUGAAUGAGAGGCCGAACGUACAGACUGGUCUACAACUUUUGGAAUUGUGUUUGAGUUACAAUCCUCGGGACCCUUGGCUUCUCUCGACUUUACUCUCGUGCAUUAGUGCACUUUUUGUUUUUCUCUCAAUGUCGACCGGCUCAAUGGCAAUGCCGGGAGUGGCAAUAUUGCCGCGUGUUCUCGAGAAAAUAUUCGCCGCCCUUGUAUUCAUGGAGCCUGGCGAAACCAAAGAAACGCGCUGCAAAUCGACGAAAAGCGUGAGACGACACGCGGCGAGUUUAAUGGUGAAAAUUGGUUAUAAAUAUCCUCUAUUGCUCUUGCCAGUUUUCGAUCAAAUUCACACAACUGUUCGGGGUUUGGUUCGCGAACCGAGUCAACUCACCCGAAUGGAGAGUGUUUUUCUGUACGAGGCUCUUUUACUCAUUUCGAAUCAUUUUUGCGAUUACGAGAGGCAAACGAGAUUUGUGGCGGAAGUGAUGGGCGAGGCAGCGACGAGAUUCGUGACGAUGGGAACGGAUGCAUUUAAGGGGCCAUUGGAGCUGAUCAGAUUCAUUGGCUUGGAUCAAGUACCAGUGGAAAAUGGUUACGAGGAUCCAGCGGGAAUCAAUCGCUCGGAUUUGAUGUAUUGCAUUUUGACUGUUUUGAGUGUUGUGAAACGAUGCUCGAUACCGGAGGAUCCGGACCGAGCGGCGAGAGGAGGUUUCGUUGGCGCUCUCAGUGAAAGUGGAAAUCCUGUCUAUAGAAAUCCAUCUACUCCUCACAUUGUUCCAGUGUUGCGGACACUUUUCGAAUUUUUAAGAUCGAUGAAUGCACUUUUUACACCUCCGGCUCUUGCUCUUCUCUCCGAGGGAUACCGAGGUGUUUUCGGUCUGCUGGAAUCGGAGAGAUCAAUGUUACUGGGUUUGAAUUCGUCAAACAAUAGUGACGGAACUGCCGAAGCCGAUUGCACUGUCACUCCCCCGUUGGCGAGAAUGCAAUCAUUUUUAAGUAAUAUUCACGAUCAUUGUUACCAUAUGUUGGGAAGUGGUUGUCACACAAUUGGCAGAGAUUUGUACCAAAUCCCUGGAUUCGCACACGCUUUGCUAAAUUCCGUUUUUUCAAAUAUGGAGGUCAUUCCAGAUCAUCGUUUACGUCCAAUAAUUCGAGUUUUUAUGAAGCCUUUUGUAUAUUUCUGUCCUCCGGCGUGUUACGAAACAGUUCUUGUUCCUAUUCUGGCUCACGUAUCGACUCACAUGUGCCACAGACUGAGUGCCAAGUGGCAAUAUAUGGCACAAUUGUACGAGUCAGGAAGUCUUGACGAAGAAAAUGCGGAUACACAGGAGGUGAUAGAGGAUAUGCUGAAUAGAAAUUUAACGAGAGACUUUGUUGACGUACUGAAAGUUGUUUUGGUCGGAGGAGCGGCAAGCGAUGCAUCUCCUCCGGAUUCGAUGGAUCAAGACAGUGGCGGAAUGGCCGUCGAUCCGCCGGUGAGAGGGAACAGCAUCGUCGCCGAGGCUGUCAGUGAACUGGGUUCCUUUGUCCUCCGACAUCCCUCUACAUGCCACAGUGUAGUGCUUUGCGUUCUGGGAGCCUUGUCUUGGAAUGACACGAACGCAAGUUUGAAAGCGACAAUGCUGACUGGUCCAGUGGUGCGAGCUCUGGCAGCCGACGGGAGUUUGACGCCCGAAAUGGCAACACACAUAAUGCGGGCGAUUCUCCAGGGACUUCAACUUCACGGGCAGCAUGAGGCAAAUCAGGGUUCACUUGUCACAUUGGGAGCUCAAGUUUACGAAUGUCUUCGACCUAAAUUCCCCUGCAUUAUCGAAGUUAUGCAACAAAUACCCGGAAUUAAUCCCGCCGAUUUGCAGAGAUUCGAUGAGAAAAUGUCCGUUGUCAGCUCGAGGGGCAAUAAAGUCGAAAAAGGAAAGAAGGAUCUGUUCAAGAAAAUCACUAAUCAACUUAUCGAUAAAAAUAUUGGACAACUUUAUCGCAAAGAAGUGAAAAUCGUCAAUCUUCCACGUCUUCAAAUUCCGAAGAAAUCCGAAUACAUACGGGUCGAUGAAAUUUCAAAGACUUCUAGUGAAACUGGUCUCGCCGUUUUAUUUGCGGGACCCACGUAGCAUUCGGAGUCAUCGGUUGGUUUAGCUCAAUAAACACACACUCACACAAAAAGUUUGAAAUUCCCUCUUCUGAAUGAAUAUUUUUCUAUCAGUUAGAGGUGAUAUUUCAAAGAAAUCUGAACUUAUACUUUUCAAGUGAAGGUGUACGUACAUAUUUUCUACAAUAUUGCAUUUAAGCUUUAUAAAUAGCGAAAUAAUUGCACCAACUAUUUUUAUUUAUUUUCUUUUAUAUCAGUUAAUUAAAAAUUUUCGGCUAAUCUUUUAAAAAAAAUUUUUACGUGAUAUCUUUCUUUUUUUUAAUAAAAAAGAAAGAAUAAUUUUUGUAAGACAAUUAAUUUUUAAGAAAUUAAAGUUUUUUUUCAAAAGGAAAAAAUAUCUUACAAAGAAAAAAAAAAUGAACUCUUGAAAGAAAAGUGGAUCGACUUUUUUUAUUUAAAAGUGUUCACUUAAAUAAGUGAGUGCCGCAUUUGUUAAAGUUUUUAUAAUGAAUUUUCAUAAUUCUUUUAUAUUAAUUCUUCCGAGAGAUUUAUUUUUAGGAAAUUCAAUCUUAGGGGAGUUUUCAAAAAAAAGAAAUUCUAAUUUCUUUUUUUUUUAAUUAAUCAGUGCUGAGGUACUUUUUCCGUUGAGUUUUUUUGUUAUACUUCUGUUUCAUUUUUUCUUUUAAUCUUUUAAUCUAUCGUUGUCUUUGUUACACAAUUUCAAUGCAAAAAGACUGCGUGCUGAAACUCUACAAAAAAAAAAAAAAAAAAAAAAAAAAAAGAAAAUACCGAAAUGUAAAUGAAAAAAGAAUAGUUUUAUAAUCGUAAAGUCACUGCAAAAAAGAAAUUAAUUAAAAUUCAAAUGAAUUUUUAUUUCAUUCGUUCGGCAAUUUUUGCAGGCAAAAAAUCCGAAAUUUUAAUUAUAAAUUUUUUAUUGUUUCUUAAAAAGAAAAAAAAAAUUCAAAUUUACGUUUAAGAGAAAUUAUUGCACAAAUGCAUUAUUGAAAGUGAAAUAAAAGUAUUUGUAAAUUUAUUAAAAAAUAUAUUAAAUACUGUUUUAUGAUUUAAUUCCAAUCACUUAUUUUAAAUUAUCAUUUUCAUUGUAGAAUUUGGAAUAGGGUGAUUAUUGGCAAAAAGAUUGCAUUGUAAAAAAAAGAAACAUUUCUAUUAUUAAUCUUAGAGUAUAGAAUUUUCUUAAAUUUUCUACAAGGUAUAGAAAAACAGUUUAGAUUCUCUAAUAAUAAGUAAACGAAAGUAUUAUAACGUACUGAAAGAUUAGAAGAAGCCGUCAAUCGAAUCGAAAAGUUGAUUUAUUUGCAACGAUCGAUUAUAUUUAAUACAAUUUCGAUCAUUUUGAGUUUCUGUUUCAAUUAAAACUGCAUAACAUCAUCAAAAACGUUAAAAAAUAGAUCACGACAAAAAUUGUUCAUUUAUAAAAAAUUUGAAUGUGUAAAUUAAAAUAUAAAAAUUUCUUCUAGUAAUUUGUGUUUCAAGUAAAUGUGCUUUUUAACGAAAAAUUGUUAGAUUAAUUUAAAAUGAAAGGAAUAAUAAAAUAAUUGUUAAAUUUGAAAUGAAACAAAAUAUUUUCUAAUUAUAUUUUCAUUUGUUUUUGAAUGUUUUGCAAAUUAAUUGUACUAGAAACUCAAUUACAAUUAAUUGUUAUUUACAUAUGUAUAUUAUAAAUAAUUACAAAUCGAUACGGUAAAAAGGCCUCUCUCGUGAAAAGUUUUUUUGCUAGGGAAAUUUUAUAUCUAAAUUAAACAGCGAUCAAUCAUCAUGUUAUGUUUAAAAAAAAUAUUUCUGAAGGAUUUUCAGAUUUUCUUGAAAUUUUACAUUAUAAAGAAUUUCUUUGAAAUUUUGUUCUGAUUCCCAAAGCAUGUAUGUACACACACGGAAUUAUGCGUAAUAUUAACAAAUAACAUUUUUAUCGUCACGAAAAAAGAAUCAUUUUUCAUUCUCAAAAUUUAGACGAUAAUUUGCAAAAGGUCAAUCGAUUAAAAAUUCGAUUUAAGCUGCCAACUAUUCAUUCAUUCUUCAUCAUCAUCAUCAUUGUACAUCGGUUUUUAAAUAGAUCAAUAAUCUUGUAUAUAUUGUAUUGUAAUAAAUAAAUGCAUUGACAAUAA